AUGAAGUAUACCGUGUACGACCGCUUGUUCAAGCGCGAGGUUGGCCAGCAGCGCAGGAACUACUCGGACACCCGAUCGUUAUACGGCGACCGCAAAUGGGUUGACGAUCUCGAUAUCGUGAAUGAGCUUGAAGGCCACACCGGAUGCGUCAACGCCCUCAGCUGGUCGAAGUCUGGCCGUCUCCUCGCCAGCGGCUCCGACGAUCACCGUAUCAAUAUCCAUGCCUAUCAGCCAGAAUCGUCGACCGACCAAUUCAACCUCACCACGUCCAUUAUGACAGGACAUCGCUCCAACAUCUUCUCCGUCAAGUUCAUGCCAUACUCCAACGACCGCACCAUUGUUAGUGCUACAGACGAUGUGAGGAUAUUCGAUAUUGAGUAUUCAGGGCACUCGGCUUCCCGUUAUGCGGCCAGCGCAGGCGGCGCACGAAAUUUGGGUACAGCACGGAGCAGGGUGUCGCUUACCGAGGGCGAUACAAAUGCGAAAGCAUUCCGUUGCCACACCGAUACGGUCAAGAGAAUCGUGACAGAAGACAACCCUUUCUACUUUCUGACAUGCUCCAACGAUGGAGAUGUACGACAAUGGGAUAUACGCCAGCCGGCCAGAGCAUACCCACCAGCGCGAGACAGUAUGAUUCCAGCAUGGGCGAGGGACGAAGACGCAUCAGACGACAUCCCGCCGCCACUCAUUUCCUAUAGCCGGUAUGGACUAGAUCUUAACACGGUCUCCUGCUCUCCUAGCCAGCCCCACUAUAUUGCGCUCGGCGGAGCACACCUCCAUUGCUUUUUGCAUGAUCGACGUAUGCUCGGCCGUGACAUCAACCAUGAGCGCGGAUCCAGGCUUCCGACUCCAGCAAGUUGGAAUGACCAUGAUGAUGAGCUUUUAGGAAAAGCGACACAAUGUGUCAAGAAAUUCGCUCCCAAUGGAAAGCAACGUAUGAGCAGAAGCGACAGCGGCCACAUCACAGCAUGCAAGAUAAGCGAUGCCCAUCCAAAUGAGCUCGUCGUGAGCUGGUCGCAAGAUCACAUCUACAGCUUCGACAUUUUGAGGGCACCGGAUGCAAGAGAAAAAACGACGCCCACAAAAGCAUCAACCAGUGAAUCUGGCAGCCGAGUAAAAGACAGUAACAGGAAACGCAAGCGACCCAAGUCGAGCGUCUUAUCUCAAGAAGCCGCUGAAAGGGGAGGAUCAAGACAACGAACCGAGAGUGCAGAAGACGAUGACCUGGCACUGCGUGUCACAUAUGGCAAUGGACAAAGCGAAGAUAUUCGUAUCCAAACGCCAGCCGAAAGUCGUAUGACUCAGGAAGAAUUGAAUGAGUUGCGAGGGACGGACCACUACCGGAUUGCAAGCGCAGCCGUCAAAAUUGCAGACCGUAUUUUCGAUAUUGGUGAACUUGGAGAGUCUGGGCAGCAUUUGGCCUUUACUUCGAUUCUGGGCCUGGCAAACUCGAUCAUCUCAGAUAUGGACGACAUAGACCGGACAUGGACUUACCCCAUCGACCCAGAUCCUGUCGAUGUUGCUGUCCAAAACAAGCUUCGUGACAGUCGCGCAGCCUCACGUCGGUUUGUGCAGGCUGCUGGAACGUUGGCGCGAGUGCUGGGCGGGCAGCUGUUGACUGGGGCUAGCUCUGAUGCUUUGAUUGCGCAACACUUUGCAUCAAUCCAACCGGCACCGCGGGAACGGCAAUUGCCCCAGCAUGAGCAAUUCGGAUACGACUUUUUGAAGGCCAUACUGUUGUGGCUUGACAGUGGCCCAGGCGCAGUAGUUGAAGGAUUCUCAGGUCGGAGUAGCGGUGCUCGUCUACCUAUCCCGCAUGGGUCCGACAUGGAUGCUAUACAAGAGCGACUGAUUCCUUACUUGAUGAGCCUUGCAAGCGAUGAUAGUAUCGUCAACCCCGAUGCCUCCAAGUACGAGACAGAUGCCACUCGAGUUCUAUUUUCUUCUGAGAUCGAAGCAGUCGAUGCUUUUGGCCAGGCGCUACAAAUUCCCUUUGCAGAUCUCACCGGUACCGAUGGAUCAGCUGCAGAAGCGGCAUCGUCUGGUGAGCCUACACAAACACGAGCUGCAGCGAAGAGGAGAUGGGCAUACCAGGUUGGAAGAGGCGUCCUGCUCAAUGCCUCGAAAGACAUCAACUUUGCCUUUGUGGACCGCGCUUAUGGCGGCCGGGGCAUUUCAGAUAAACAAAUCAGAGCUACAGAAAGGGCGCUAAGGUCACGGCAAGCAAAUAUCAAUCCCAGGGUAGAUGAAGGUCCUGUUCGCGAUGCAGAAGUAGUCAGCGCGGCAGCUGAGCCAGAUACUCAGGGAGACAAUUCUCCGGGCUCUGCCACGCCGGUAAUACCGAGAUCAACAGUGGUUGAAAAUGCUGAAGACAAUUGGGAAGAGCUAGAAGAGCAAGACGAUGAUGAUGACGACGGCGAGAGUGAUGGAGACGUAGACUCUGAUGAUGGGCUAGAGGAUGAUGACGACGACUCUGAGGAUGGAGAUGAAGAGGGACUGCGGCGGACAAGAAGCGGCCACAUGCUAUGGCGUACUGACUUUGGCCGAAGUCGCUACAAACGAUGGAAAGUCGAACGUGAUGUUCCAUGCGCGCCUCACACACGUGUUUACACCGGACAUUGUAACGUCAAGACGGUGAAAGACGUCAACUACUAUGGUCUGCAAGACGAGUAUGUUGUCAGUGGAAGCGAUUCAGGCCAUAUUUUCAUUUGGGAUCGCAAAACAGCACAGCUUCUCAACAUACUGGAGGGAGAUGGUGAAGUUGUGAAUGUUGUUCAAGGCCAUCCCUAUGAACCACUGAUGGCUGUAUCGGGCAUUGACCACACCGUCAAGAUCUUCUCGCCGGAUGCUCAUCUUCAACGCAACGCCCGCAAAGGCGUAGGCGUGCAUUCCUCAGAUCCCUCCUCGUUCUCCAGUCUCCGCUGGGGCCGUAGUGGCCGUAGUCGCAGCACUGAAACCCCAACCGAGACAGAAACGGAGCCUGCAGCGGAAGCGCUGAGUGACAGCGAUGACGAGGUUGCGCCUGGCGGACUCGCUAGCCGCCGCAGAAUGCACCAGAAUUAUCAAAUUACAAGCCAGAAUGACAUGGAUCGGAAGGGCGGAAGAGACGAUUAUUUCAUAAGUCAAGCUGUGUUCGCACAGUUGGCUAGGCACAUCGCUAUGAGUCGAGCAAACGCUGGUGGGAAUGGAAAUGGCGAGGGAGAGGAUGGGGAGGAGGGCAACGAAUCCAUUGUCAUCACCGACGACAAUUGCAGUAUCAUGUAG